AAGGCUAAAAAGCGGGUGAUUGGGUUCUCCGACUAAAAUGUGAUAUAUUAUGUGUACAGCUAAAAUUGCCGAUGUUGUUCCCGCUGUUGUUGCAUGGAGUCUUAUAAUAAGUUUAACAACAGUCUACCUCGUCUUUAUGUAACGUGAUUUAGUUAAUAAUACCCUUAAAAAUGUAGCUGUUUCCAGUUCGCCGCAACUUACUCUUGGUCUAUAUUUGUUCUUCAUGCUAUUCUAGUUUUAUAUGUGCUAUGCUGUUUAACGCGUACAACAUUUAUGGAUCCCGGUUAUUUUCCCUUUGCUACCGAGGGAGAAGCUGAAUAUGAAGAAUCAAAGUCUGCCCCUGUGCAUCGGGAAUAUAAUAUUAACGGGGUCUUGGCUAAAGUCAAAUGGUGUAGUACAUGUCUUUUCUAUCGUCCUCCUAGGUGUUCACAUUGUUCUAUAUGUAACCGGUGUGUGGAUACUUUUGACCACCAUUGCCCUUGGGUCAACAACUGUAUCGGAAGGAGAAAUGCACGCUACUUCUUUAUGUUUCUAGUUUCGCUUACGCUGCACAUGAUUGUUGUCCUCAGUAUAACUCUAGCAUCUCUCUUACUCAAUGAGCAACCGAUCGUUUUUUAUACGAACAUUAUACGUAUUGUUGUAUUAUCCCUGGUUGGUGUUAGUUUCAUUCCAGUUUUCGGACUAACUUCAUUCCACGUAUAUCUAAUAUCCCGAGGGAUGACAACCAAUGAGCAGGUUACGGACAAGUUUCGUGGGCUGUUAAAUCCAUUUACUUUAGGCUGUUUAUUAAACUGGCGAAAGUUUUGUUGUGAACCUCAGUUUCCCCGACGUUAUGCAGAUGGAAAUCCAGCAAAAUCACGUCAUCUUGUGUGCACAAAACUGAGAAAAAAUAAAUUUAAUAAAUUGCAUGGUUUAACUGUUACCGGCGAUGAUUCUGAUGAUGAUGUUAUCAACACGUAUGCAGAAUCAAAUCAUAAACUUCUUAUGGAUCAUGCAUAUAACACUGAUGUUAACAACAACAAUAAUAAUAAUACUCAAGGCAGUAAUAAUACACUUCAACAAGAUGAAAUUGCAAUUUUGGAUUCUAAAACUACUGCUACGCUUUAUGGAAAGAAAUUUUCCAGUGGAAAAUAUUCUUCAUACACUUCCAAAACACCAUCAAGUUAUCUUUAUCGUCAACAUGUAUCGGACCAUGAUCAAAGUAGUAGUAGUGCUCGAUCAAUCAAUCAGUUGAUACCGCGUGGACCGUUAGUGAACAAUGAUGAAGAACCGUUAUCUUCUGUUAUCGCUAGUCUAGUAUCGAAUAAGAAUAAUAUGGCAACAGCUGCAAGAAAUCUCCAGUUGGAUAACAAUAAUGAUAAUUUUUCAGUCAGUGACCAAAACAUCCCAUCUGCAAAUGCAAGGCCAUCUGCUGAUUCUCUCGGCACUUUGGAUAGCGUUAGCCAACCUCGUGGUCAUCAAAACUCAUGCAAUAACAGUGGUAAAGUAUUAGUAGAUGCUACUAGCAUUAGUCUUUCUGGUUGGAGUGAAGAUGCAGUUUCAUUAAAAACACUAGAUCGUCUUAUCGGUAUUACACGUCAUCAAACAACUGGAGGGAAUGAUACUGGAAUUGCUGUAUGUAAUGGGGUUGGUGGAGGCAGUAGUGGUCCAACCUAUCUAGCUACUGAACGUAUUCAAGAAAAUGGUGAAUCACUUAUUGAUUCUUCAACUUCAGCUCUAGAAAGAAACAUUUCAAAUGACCAAGAUUCCACAAAUCUUACUUUUUCUGCUUCUCAUAUCAAUGGUUAUACAGGUGUGUGUGUGUCUACAGCUGACUCAGUUAGUCAGCAUUUUACGCAUACUCUACCUCUUUAUCAACAAAAUAUUCCACGUGCAUCCGGUGAGAACGAUUCCUACUGUAACUUCUAUACAGGAAGUGUUACAGGUAUCAUUGGAAAUGAAAUUAAUGGAGCUGCUAGUAGUAUUGGUGGAGCAACUGGCGGCAUAGAAAAUAAUGCAAAUCAUUCGAUUAACACUCCACCUGUUGUCUCCAACUUAACCAAUGUAUACAAUCAUGUUGACAAUUCUUUACAACAAACUGGUGGUAAUUUCAAUGUCAACCACUCUAAUACAAAUAGUAUUCACUUGUAUAGUUCUAAUCCAAUCAGAAAUAUUAAUAAUAACAGUUCAGUGGUGAACAUGAAUUCAAAUGAAUCUAUGUUAAUUAUGAAUGGACCAGUUAUUUCAACAUCUAAUAAUUUAGGAAUAAUAAAUAACUUGAAUCGUUCAACAUUCAACAGUAAUAACAGCCAGUCCAAUUCCCUUGAACUGUCACGCAUUCCAUCAUCAUCAUUAUAUCAUUCAAGUGGUCGUAGUACAACGCGUCAGUUAAACGAACGUGCACCAGCAACAGUUGUCGAUCAAGUUUUCUGUCCACAAUCAUCUGACCAGUCACCUAGUGCAAGUCGAUUCAGUUUCAUUUUUUCUCCACUUGAUGUAAGUGCACCGCAUGCAUCUCAAGAAACUUUAAGUACAGCAGCAUCUCAAACAUCUAUUUUACUUGGUUCACCCUCUAGUCCAAGAAGUUUUCAAACUCCUAGCACUUCAACAACAGAUCGUUUAACAGUAGGACUUGGUGAUGUUAGUGAUGAAUUCGUUCAUUGUACCAGUAGGACUGGUACUAUGCUACCGUCAUCUCGUACGUUAAAUUAGGUAUUUCUAUGAAUUUUCUUAUCUGUCAGCUUUAUAGUACUCUAAUUCUUUCAUAUGUAGUAUGUUCAUCCCUUGUUAAUUUUUCUUGUUUCACUUAUAAUUUUAUUUUUGAAAUAUAUAUGUCUCCCUGUUGAGUAAUAGCAUUUUGGGUUUCAGCUGAAUAGCGAUUGUGUAUGUGUGUGUGCGUAUAUAUGUUUUCUUUUUUGAAUGGUUAUUACCGUUGGGAAUCGGCCAAUAUCUCAUGAGAAUGAGAAACUCUUUCUCUGUUCUGCAUCAAUUAUUUCGUCCAACAUUGAUGUGAAUCUAAUCGGUAUACUGUCUACUUUUGUUUCAUUAUGUUGAUUUCAUCAUACCCAUGGUUGGUUUGAUUUUAUUUCUACAUUCUCUUCUGGAUUAUUAUUAACUUUUCCCAGCCAAUAAGCUGAUUGUUCACUUUUGUGCACUUCUGACAUACAACCAUUGAUCAGUGAACAAUUACCAUUAUUAUUAUUAUUAUUAUGUGUUGAUUUAUCUUUGUGGAAUUGAAAACUUAUGUAUUACUUCUCCUGUACACCCACUCAUCAGUGAAUCGAUUUAGGACAACUGACUAUUCAAUGAGAAAACGCCGACAAAUCAUGUAAAUGUGAAUUAUCGUUAUAUUUAUGAACAUUUUAUUGCAACAUUUAUCUGCCUAGUUUAUUGUUAUUCAAAUGUAUAUGUCAUUUUGCUGAGAUGAAACUUUUCUGUGUAAUCUGUCCUUCUUUGUUCUCAGUUCUUCUGGUGGUUGUUGAUGAAGUACCUAAGUCUACCCAUCUCUUCUAUUUCUCAUGGUUUCACCAAUCCUUUUCACCUUCAUGUCUGUCAGUCUCAACGUGUCCUUUGUCGUCUCUCUCGCUCUUUCUCUGCACAUUCUCAAUUAUGUUUGUAUUCGUUUUUGUUGUAAAUUCAGAUCAUUUCUCUAACAAGUUGGCUAGUUAUCCUUACUUCAUCUUUUUCUAUGCACACAGGUGAUAAACGUUUCAUAUAUGCUUGAAUGUUUAGUUUUCAAAUAUAUAGACCUAAAUUAUGCGUAAGUGUACAUGUCUUCAAGUUCACUCCUAUGAUCCUUAAUGCAUAUUUGUAAUAUCUCUGUGUGUAUAUGCAGAAUUAUUUUUGCUUGCCUGGUACUGGAAGUGUUUACACAUCAUUUGAUUGAUAUAACAUAUAUGUAUAUUUGUAAUGUCUUCGUUCUGUUAUUUGUUAAUGCUUGAAGUAUUCAAAAUCUCUUACCUCUUUAUUUCUGAUCGUGAAUUUGACAUCAUUGGGUCAGCGUAUGGCAGAAACUAGUAAUUAUCAAGGUUGCUCACUGACACUACUCCUACUUAACUUCGUUGUAGGCUUACUAAUGGGCGUAACCAAAAGGUACCGCUAACUUCACAGAGAUUAAUCUACAUCCUGAAGGUCAUCUGGUUGAUGAUAUUGUCCUGUUAAGUGAAGAU